AUGACAUCAGAUACGUCUCGGAAUGGAAAUUGUAAAGCAAUAUUGCGUCUAGGAGAUACAGGAGAUUGGGUGGGGACAUUCUUAGGCCAUCAGGGAGCUGUAUGGUCGUGUGCUUUUGACCUUCAUGCCAAUAAAGUGGCUACGGGAUCGGCGGAUUUCAGUGCAAAAAUAUGGUGUGUCAAUACAGGCAAAGAAUUGGACUCAAUUCCCCAUGAUCAUAUUGUUCGCUGCGUUGAAUUUAAUCAAACUGAUUGCGGUUCAAUGUUACUCACGGCUGAUAACAGUAAAAAGAUUUCUGUCUAUGAUGUGAAUUGCCCUCUAUCCCCUUUAUCUGUAUUUGUGGGGCAUGAAGAGACAAUUUAUCGGGUUGUUUGGUGUCAUGGAGAUUCACUGGUCCUAUCUGUAUCAGGAGAUAAAACUAUUCGGUUAGUAAAACAUGUAUAUGUAUAUGUAUCAUAA